AUAACUCUUCAUCAGCCUUACCUUCUUCACCAUUCCAAGCAUACACUCUUCAACUUCUGGCUUACUCCUGAAAUCAUCAACAUGGCACCUAACGGAGAAUCCAUUGCAACCCAUUUCACUGCACCUCGCAACAACAGCUUCUCCAAGCCUCCACGAAUCUCGAACGAUAGUUUAAGUCGAGCCAUAUCUGACAUUUCCUUCCAACUGAGCAGGGAGGAGAUAGAUAACAUCAAAUCGCAAGCGAGUCUUCCUCCGAUAUCUGAGGUUGAGGACGCCAAAUGCGAGUGUUGUGGGAUGUGUGAAGAGUGCACGCCGGAGUACAUCGACCGCGUGCGAAACAAGUUCUCGGGGAAGUGGAUAUGUGGGCUGUGUGCGGAGGCGGUGAAGGAGGAGAUGGACAAAAACGGAGGCAAAAGAGAUGAUGCAUUGAAUGCGCAUAUUAAUGCAUGCGCCAGGUUUAACAAAUUCGGAAGGGCGUAUCCGGUUUUGUUCCAGGCUGAGGCCAUGAGAGAGCUCUUCAAGAAGAGUUCAAGAUUGGAGGGGAGGGGACUUAGGACAAAGUCCUUUAGCCCCUAUAAGGGAGGGCAAAACAAAGGAGGGAUUGCACGGAGCUCAAGCUGCAUCCCUGCUAUCACAAGGGAGAUUAAGGAUCUUACAAUUGCAAAUUAAGGCGGCCUUUUAAUUUCAGAAUUGCCAAAAGUAUGUGCUUUUGGAGGGUUUAUAUUUGUCACCCUCCUCCUAGCUUUACUGAUUAACUAUAUCAUAAUUAACUCCAAAUUUUAAUAAGCAAGAUUGGAUUUGAAUAUCUAGUGUACUCAAAUUCGGUCCCUUGAAUCAUUUUUAGGAUGCAGGACCCUUUCAUCAACAGAGUUUUUAGGGUUUUCUGGCAACUUUUUUUUCUUUUGGACAAAGGAGAGUUUUCUUUCCUUUGUUUCCAUUUGGUUAUAUCUCCAUCUUUCAAUCAAGUUCUAGGGUUUUUGAUGUGGAGCUAUAUAUAGCCAUUGAGUUGCCUUCUAAGGACCCUACUAGGCUUGCUCAAAGUGCAAAAAUAGUACUCUUUUUUCCCUCUUAUUGGGAACUUGUAGCCUGCUUGAUUAAUUAGAUGUUGGUCUUUAAUUAAUUAAUUUUCAUGUACAAAUUCAUGUAUUGGAUGUUUAUGAUUAAAUAAAAUGUAGUGUUGUUUACAUUUG